ACUUUACGUUUACUUCUCCUUUGUCUGGCUAGUGGCUGUGGCUUGUCUCGUCUGCGCCAACAAUAUCUUGGCUGUCAUUGUCACGUCAAUUCCCUACAUAAUAUUUUGUUCGUCGUGUUUCGCCGUCAAAUAUUUUGUAAUUAAAAACGCGGCAGCUUCGAAACUGAAUUUGAGUCAAAACUCGUUCAAAUUUCAUCAGCAGCCAAAAAUGGAAACGCGCAAAAAUCAAGAAUUUUCCGUCCGCCUGGAUGAAAACAUUUUUACAGACAUCGUUCGCCUUUGCAAAAUGACAAAUCCCGAGAACAGGAAGUUUACUGUUGUUGGUGACCUCCUGUCCUCACAAUCAGUGCCUCCAAAAAGCCAUGACCCUCCGAGGCGUUCAGGCAGGGCAGGAUUGGGGCCCCGCGGCCCAUCGGGCUUUGCGCUGCCCACUUCAGCGGCACCAUCUGAUUCAGGCACCACUGCUGCUCUUCAGGAUUACAAUGUUUCCUCUACUACCAAAAGAGGUAGAAAUGUGCGCCAACAAAGAAAAUCUGACAGAAUGCAAGUAAUUGUGGAGGAACUUGAGUCUCAUCAGGAGGAGGAAAUAGAGGAUAGUUCCAUGGUAUCUACUAUUGCUACGACUUUCAAAAGAAGCAAAAAAGUUGCUGAGAAGCAGAUUGAGGAAGAAGUUGCGUCUCAACAGGAAGAAGACAGUGAUGAUAGUGAAAGAAUUCAAGAAGAAGUGCAAACAGAGACUGGCGAGGAAUCAAUACCAUCUCAAGAGCAGUCGGCGGACAAAUCAAAGUUAGAUGACACAAUAAUUGCCUCAGGUACCAAGUUUGUAGACGAUGUGGAGGAACAAGAUGAAGACGAGCAACAACUAAAAAGGGAAAGGACAUAUUCAAACAGCAGCAGCAGCAGUUUGAGCAUGAAACGCAAGUUGCCUACCACCAGCCACAGAGGACUUCGUAACAGCGGGUUCAUGUGCUACAUGCUUGCUUCGUUACAAGCAUUGGUUGCUGCGCAGCCUUUUUGUGACUUAUUAGCUACGGCUGAGGUCCAUUUGAAUGAAGACAAACAAAUUUAUCACCUAACACACCUCAGCAGUGAGAUCCAGGCGCCUUACGCAUCAGAGACGGAAAAAGUGGAUGAAGACAUUACAUUUCUCGAGGAAUAUGCCGAGCUGAGAUACAAGCUUGACAGGAGCCACCAACAAGAUGCUCACGAGUACAUCAUCAAAAUGCUUGGGCAAGUGCAGGUCAAACUCAAGCAUUUAAGGGACGUAGACAUCUACGAAGCGUUACUGAGGAUCAAAACUGUCAUGCUGCCCUGCUAUUGUGAAGGGAUGUGCAAGCGGAAUGUUACUCCAAAUGAUAAUGCCGUGGAGGAGAUUGUACUUUCUUUGUGCCUGCCAGACUCUGCAGAUGACCAUAAAACUGUCCAAGACCUCAUUGAUGCAAGCCUUCAAACUGAAUUUGUGGAUCGUUGCUGUGGCAAAAGCACCGCAGCUUACUAUGUUUUCAGCGAGCUGCCAAGAGUGCUGUUGGUCUGCCUGAAAAGGUAUGAUGCAGAAGGAGGAAAAAUCAAAACGCCGAUUGAAGUUUCAACUGAUCUCGUACUUGCAGAGUACAGUGACAUUGAAGAUUCCAGGGAUCAAAUGAAAACCAAUGAGGACAGUAAGAAUGUUGAUAAAAUAGCCAAUUUCACCAAUAAAACCUAUGAGCUUGUUGGUGUGGUCAAUCACGAAGGGAGCACUAUACGUCGAGGACACUACACAGCAUUAGUCUGGAAUGGAACUGAGGGUGCUUGGGUGGAAGCCAAUGAUAAAAAGACCAAAGUAGUUGAAAUGUCUAAUGCAAUUGUAGGCUCGUCCAAGACCUGCUAUUUGUUGGUAUAUGUCCUGACUCGAGAGGAUGAAAGACAGGAAUAUGCUGAGUCGUCAUCUGAGUCAAGUGGUGACGAGAUGAGUUAUGAGAGUGACUGAUCAGCAAAAAGGAUAAAUUGAAGAGUUGAACUGGAUUUCGGAGGAUAUCAAAGUAGGACACAUAAAAUUCUUUUCAGUUUAUGCAUGCUUUCCAUUUUUCCAUAUUGUGUAGCAAAUUUCUCAUCGUUACUUCGUAAAUUAAAAUAAAAGAGAAACUCCUAAUACAAGU